AUGAACCGAUUUCUCCCUACACUUGGUAAAAAACCAAAGUGGGCACCGUGGACUGCCCAAGAGACACUAUUCAUUACAUGGGUCGGAGUGAAUGAUUGCGGGCUCUCUGCAAAUCCAGAACAUGCACUCGAACAGCUGUUUGUGACUCAGGAACGACUUUACAAGGCUGGUGCCCGACAUUUCUUGUUUAUUGACGUUCCUACGAUUCACCGCAUUGCGGUCGAAAAACAGUCAAGAGUAUUGGAGGUCAUUCGGAACUGGAACACGGCCCUAAACGAACAGAUUCAUCGAUUCAGCUUCAAGUUCAAAGAUGCAACCGUUUUGUUAUUCUCUGCCUUUCGCGCCUUCGAUGUGCUGCUUGAUGACCCGGAAAGUCUUGGGUUAGACCCUGCAGAUGUUCGUCGUAGAGGAGGCAGCAUAUGGAUGGACCACAUCCAUCCAACCAGCGCAGUUCAUGACUAUCUCGCAAGCAAGAUAGCGGAAUUUAUUUCUGAAGUACCUUCGAAAAAAACAACUUGA